UAAAGCCCAGCUGAUUCUGUUAUCAGAAACCUUUUGAUAGGUUUCAAAAUACAAACAUCACACAGAGGGAGAGAGGUUCGGCCUCGACGGCCAGUCGGCCUCUUUUUUGUUCCCCCUUCUGUUUUUUUAAUAUUAUUUUUUUUAUAUAAUUUUUUUUUCCUAAACCAUCAAUAACAUCAUCACAAUUUAAUGAAAAGUUGAAACUUGGUUAAAAAUAUUUAAAUUUCAUUUUACAAAGUGGGUGUCUUUUUUGCACCUCGUUAGGAGAUGUGGCUUUUCGGCUACGGGUCGCUCAUUUGGAAAGCGGAUUUUCCGUUCAAAAGAAAAGUCGUCGGCUACAUCAAAGGCUACGUUAGACGGUUUUACCAGGCUAGCACGGACCACAGAGGAGUUCCCGGCAAGCCUGGGCGUGUGGUUACAAUUUUGCCUUCAAAAGAUCCAGAGGCUGUGAUAUGGGGUGUUGCCUAUGAAAUACACAAGGAAGACGUCCCGAAGGUUGUUAACCACCUGGACUACAGAGAAAAGAGUGGCUACGACAAAAAAAUGGUCAUGUUCUAUCCAGGACCUUCCGAAGAGCUCGCCGGUCGGCCAUUCGAGCUGGUCAUCUAUGUCGGCGACACUGGGAACGAAUGGUAUCUCGGCGAGGCAGAGAUAGGAGAGAUCGCACAUCAGAUAGCCGAGUCUGAAGGCCCUAGUGGGACCAAUGCCGAGUACCUUUUCAAUCUGGCUAAAGCAACAAGGAACCUCGCACCCGGCUUCAAUGACUCACACCUUUUUCAGUUAGAGAACGCCGUCACCCAAAUUCUGAACCAAAGAACAAAUAAAGUGUGAUGACAAUUA